GGCCAUCGUCUGCAAUCUUUCACUUCCUUUUCCAUCAUCUGCGCCGCUAGCCAACAUGGCACCAGCUGCUGCAUCAUCUUCAUCUUCAUCAUCUUCAACGAUGCCCACCGCAUCGACCUCGACUCUCCCCUCAGCCUACCUCAGUGCCCCCUUCAUCUCCUCGAAAGCCGUUGGCGAAAACCAGAGCACAGUGUCCGCCACGCCCGACAAGCGCAGCGAGGAUGACCCUGUCCCUUCAUACCUCUACUCCAACCUCGCCCCACAUCUUCUCCUUCCCGAUGGGACGCCAGAUUACUUGCGCAUGUCCCUAUCAGCCGACAUCUACAGCCUCGUCAAACAGACCCCGCUGCAGCGAGCGAACAACCUGUCUGCCAAGCUGGGUUGUGAGAUCUUCCUCAAGCGUGAGGACUUGCAGCCCGUCUUCAGCUUCAAGCUGCGUGGAGCUUACAAUUUGAUGAGAACACUGGAGGGAGAGCAAAGGUGGAAGGGAGUGAUAGCGUGCUCGGCGGGGAACCAUGCGCAGGGCGUCUCGCUCUCAGGACUAUCCUUGAGCAUUCCCUGCACCAUCGUCAUGCCGCUCGGCACGCCCUCGAUCAAGGUCUCAUCUGUGCGAGCGCUGGGAGCAAAGGUCGUUCUCCAUGGACAAGACUUUGACGAAGCCAAGGCUGAGUGCAGUCGACUGGCGGAGACGUACGGCUUGAAGGUCAUCCCGCCCUUCGACGACCCGCACGUUAUUGCUGGCCAGGGCACGACUGCCGUGGAGCUGCUCAGGCAGACGAGCAUGGAGGAUCUCGAGGGCGUCUUCUGCUGCGUAGGUGGUGGAGGGCUGCUCGCUGGUGUGUCGGCUUACACAAAGCGUAUCGCUCCGCCGACCACGAAGGUCUUCGGAGUGGAGACAUUCGAUGGCGAUGCGUUGACGAGGUCGCUGGAGCAGGGCAAGCGGCUGACGCUGUCCGAGGUUGGCCUGUUCGCAGACGGCACGGCAGUCAAGGUCGUAGGCGAGGAAUGCUGGCGCAUCCUCAAGCAACCCUCCAUGGUAGACGGCAUGGUCCGCGUCGACACGGACGAGAUCUGCGCCGCUAUUCGAGACGUCUUUGAGGAUACCCGCUCUGUCCCUGAGCCCUCUGGCGCCCUCUCCCUCGCGGGCUUGAAGCGCUACAUCAUGCAUCACAACUUGCAAGGCAGUGGAAAGAAGUUCGCUUGCGUGGUAUCGGGGGCCAACAUGAACUUCAGCAGACUCAGAUUUGUGGCGGAGAGGGCCGAGGUGGGUGAUGGGAAGGAGGUCAUGAUGAUGGUUGAAAUUCCGGAGGAGCCGGGCAGCUUCUUGAAACUGCAUUCUCAUAUCCACCCAAGGUCGAUCACGGAGUUCUCUUACCGAUACAACGCUGCGGCUGAAGGAGUUGCACACAUCUACCUGUCCUUCCUGCUCAAUGGCUCGACGAACAGCGGCGGCAACCCUCAAGCGACGGGCUCAAGCACUGCAACUGCCUCGACGACGGCAGCGGCAGCGGCAGCCGUAUCAGCUGCGUCGCACAGCGUACCUCCGCGUGAGACAGGUGCCUCCCACACUACCAAUGGCGACGCAACGCUCAAUGCCCCCUUCGUCAACGGCCACAACGCGAGUGCGGCCUACUCUACCCACUCGACCCCGAACGCGGCCAAUUUCAACCUCGAUGGGCUCGCAUCCCAACUUCCGGCCUCCUCAACCUCUCCCACUACCCCAUCCGGCAACAACGGCGGCGGCAACCCCCCUUCAACCGCCAUCCCGCGCACAGCGCGCCAAGUCGAAGUCUCCUCCAUCAUCAACGCCUUGUCGUCCUCCGGGAUGCGCGGCACUGACAUCUCGACGAAUGAGAUGGCCAAAUCACAUGGACGCUACCUCAUCGGUGGCCGACAACGAGUACCGCACGAGCGUCUCUUCCGCUUCGAGUUCCCCGAGCGACCGGGGGCCCUUCGCAAAUUCUUGACGGGGCUGAAUGCAGGGUGGAACAUCUCGUUAUGGCACUACAGGAAUCAGGGGGGUGAUACGGCCAAGGUUCUUGUGGGGGUUCAGGUCAAGGAGGAGGAGGGCGAGGAGUUCCAGCGAUUCUUGGAUGAGCUGGGCUACUGGUGUGUCGAGGAGACGGGCAAUGAGGUCGCGAUGCGGUUCCUCUAA